AUGACCAUGAAGCACAAAAUACCGCCUGCAGAUAGCACAGCUGGACUGAAGCCGAGCUGGAAAUCUUUAUUCCACUUCACAACUCAACAGCAUCUACUAGCCCUCGUCAUUGGAGCGUUGUUCGCUCUUUUGGCGGGCUGUGUGACACCGGUCCUCGCUAUUUUCCUGGGAAACGUCUUCGAUGUGUUUACGGGAUUCGGAGGAGGAGAAACCGGUGCUGAUGAUCUCCGUGACAAGAUUACGAUAAACUGCAUCAGAAUGGUCGGGCUGGGAGCCGCUGGUUGGUUCCUCAACAGUGCAUACUUUGCCAUAUUUGUUGCUUUCGGAGAGCUUCAAGCGUCAAAAAUACGAACUAGAGUAUUCGUUGAGUUACUGAAACGCGAUGUUGCAUGGUUCGAGGCACACAAAGAGGGAUCGGGGGCUUUCCUUUCUGGGAUCCAAGCCGAAGUACAUGAUUUACAAAUGGCAACCUCGCAACCUCUCGGGCUUGUUAUGCAAUAUGCUUGUCGAUCAGUAGCAUCAUUAGUUCUGGGAAUGUAUACAUCUUGGAGUCUUUCGCUUGUCACGCUUGCUGGGAUUCCCAUUUUCUCAUCCAUCAUUGCCUAUCUCUCAUCGAGAAUGAAAUCAAGUAUCACUGCUCAACAAAUCGAGCUGACUCAUGCCUCCAAGAUCGCAAAUAACGCUAUCGGCUCUAUCGAAUCGGUCAAAUGUCUGAACGGUCAGGCUUUUGAGCAUCGCAGUUUUUCAAUUCGGAUUGAACAGUCGGCUAUCCAUUAUCUUCGCCAAUGUCGAUUGAACUCGCUGCAGCUCGCCUUUAUCCGAUGGAUGAUGUUCGGGAUGUUCGUUCAAGGCUUCUGGUACGGCAGCUCACUCGCUCGCAACGGCACCUUAUCAUCGGGUGAGGUCCUGAGGACGUUUUGGGCCUGCUUGACUGCAGCGCAAUCCAUUGAAAUGAUCCUGCCACAGAUGAUCGUCAUGGAAAAAGGAAAGGUUGCAAGCGAAGCUCUCAAGUCCCUUAUUCAGUGUACCGAUCACUCGGAGCAAAAGGUCAAGAGCGAGGAGAAGGAUACCAUAUGCCCGCUUCAUUGCGAAGGCGAUAUUGAGGUCAACAAUGUGAGCAGCACACUGUGGCGCACAAUGAUGGUGAAGAUCCUAAUAUUAUUCCAGGUAUCGUUUGCCUAUCCUACACAGCCCGACCGACUCGUCCUGAAGCCAUCUACCUUUUUCUUCCCGGCCGGGGAGACGACUUUCGUUAUCGGCAAAAGCGGCUCCGGUAAAAGCACACUGAGUCAGUUGCUAAUGCGGCUUUACGCCCCAACGUCGGGUGAGAUACUUAUCGAUGGUAAUCCCAUCCAGACGCUGAAUCCCAACUGGAUUCGAAACAAUGUCACCCUUGUGGAGCAGCGAAGUGUCCUCUUCAAUGAUUCUGUAUACCAGAAUAUCGCAUUCGGAAGUAGGAAGCACGGGGAAGUUCGCCUAGAAGACGUGGAAGAGCCGAUCCAGCUGGCCAUGCUCCAGGAUACUAUCCAUGGGCUACCAAACGGGAUAGAUACUUGUGUCGGGCCUGGUGGAAGCUUUCUCAGCGGUGGACAGAAGCAAAGAGUGGCCAUCGCAAGAGCCAAAUUGCGUGACACGCCUAUCUUGAUCCUCGACGAGCCCACAAGUGCUCUCGAUCACCUCAACCGUGUGGCGGUCAUGAAAGCUAUUCGAGAAUGGCGCGUCGGAAAGACGAAUAUCAUCAUUACCCAUGACAUGUCUCACAUCGUUGACGGAGACUUUCUUUACAUCCUUGAAGACGGGUCAAUCUUCCAUUCUGGACUCAGGAAACAACUUGAGAAACUUCCGGGCACCGAGAAGUAUUUUGGAGUAACAGCAAAAAGCAAUGAAGAGUCCAUUGAGCCUGAACCAACACUAGUCAGCAAAAAACUUGAGUCCGACUGGGACACCUCGUCGACCUCAAGCCUGGAAGAUUUGGAGCCUCGUCCACCCCAGCGUGUUUAUCACAACCGAAAUCGAACAUGGGCGCGGCACGAUAUUCCAUCCAAUUUCCGCUCCUCCCCAUGGUACAGUCCAGUGCCUAUAGGGAGUCCAGCAGAGGAUGUUACAUUCCCUCAAAGGAAGUGCAUAUCAUUCUUGGGGGUACCAAAGGCUUCUGUCUCUCACAAUGAAAGCAGCGGAGGUACUCAAGUACUAGUGAAGGAGCUUGAAAUGGAUCAAAUUCAUGAUUUUGGCUCAAGCACUGUUACAGUAAGCCAUUUUCCGAAAUCAAACCGCCUUUCAAGACGCCUUUUCCGCCCUGCAUCAUCCAUUGUACAUCCAAUGAAGCGCCGAAGGGGAAAAAAAGAGCGAAUGACUCUAUUCCAUAUCCUGGGUACUGUCAUGCCAAACUUGACCAUUAAGGAGCGUAUCGUUUUCUUCCUUGGUAUUGCUUCAUGUCUCAUUCACGCAAGUGCCACCCCGAUUUUUUCAUACUGCAUGUCUGAGCUAUUCACCACAUUCUAUGCUGGAACAAACAGCUCCAAGCUGGCAAUGAAAUGGUCACUGGCUGUACUGGGAGUCUCCUUCGGUGACGGCUUGGCAUCCUUUUUCAUGCACUUCUUUCUGGAAUACUGCGGUGAGGCUUGGAUGGACACCCUUCGAAAACAAGCGUUUCAACGAGUCCUCAAUCAGCCACGAGCAUGGUUUGAAAAGGAUGGCAACAGUGUCCAUCGAAUUACAUCUUACCUUGACCAGAAUAGCGAGGACAUGCGCAAUAUUAUAGGCCGAUUUGCCGGGUACGUAAUUGUGGCUGUUGCAAUCACGGUCAUGGCGGUCAUCUGGAGUCUGAUCGUCUGCUGGAAGUUGACGAUGGUCGCUCUGGCUUGUGGGCCUGUGAUUUAUGCGAUUACAAGAGGGUUUGAACGGAUCAAUUCUUCAUGGGAAGGGCGAUGCAACGAAAUCACAAGCACUGCUACUGAUGUUUUCACUGAGACCUUUUCCGAGAUACGGACUGUGAGGACAUUGACGCUGGAAGGGUACUUUCACCGCAAGCAAGCAACACUUAUCUCCUGCUGCCUGAAGACUGGCUUGAAGCGAGCUGUUUACACCGGAUUGAUGUUUGGUAUGGUCGAAUCGGCUGUCAUAUUAGCAAGCGCUCUCAUCUUCUACUACGGUGCGACUCUGGCAGGUUCUGGAUUCACAGCCAACGAAGUCAUGCAAGUCUUUUCAUUGCUCCUGUUCAGCAUCGGCUAUGCUGCUCAAAUCCUCUCGUGGAUCCCUCAAAUCAACAACUCACGUGAAAUAGCAGGUCAACUCUUGCGCCUAGCCAAUCUGCCCGAAGAAUCACACGAAAAUCGCGGCCGGCUGAAAAUAUCCACUCUAACCCCAAUCAGGCUCACCAAUGUCAACUUCCGAUAUCCUUCUCGCCCACACACACUAGUCCUGAAGAACGUGUCCAUCAACAUCACCGAAAACUCCUGCACUGCUAUUGUGGGACGAUCGGGAUCCGGCAAGUCAACCAUCGCCUCGUUGCUCCUCUCCCUCUACGAAGCCCCGGUCUCUAGAACUGGUCGUCCCACGGUGACUUUCAGCGGACAAGACAUCCUGCGCCUGCAUAUCCCGACAUUACGCUCACAAAUUGCUAUCGUCUCACAGCAGCCAACCGUACUCCCCGGUACCAUCUUCGCUAACAUAAGCUAUGGCAUGGAGAAGACCACCUCACUCUCAAGGGUCCCCAGCGUCCGCGCCGCGGCACAAGCAGCCGGGAUAGAUGACUUCAUCAUCUCAUUGCCCAAGGGCUACUUUACCGUCAUUGGCGAUGGAGGCAUCGGAUUAUCAGGCGGCCAAAAACAACGCGUGGUGAUCGCUCGUGCCCUCUUUCGCGAACCACAGGUCCUCAUACUGGACGAAGCCACGUCCAGUCUCGAUCCAGCUGGCGCAGAAGUGGUACGCCAGACAGUCAAGAACCUCGCCUCCUCACGUCGUGGCCUUACUGUAAUUAUCAUCACACACUCAAAGGAGAUGAUCCGGAUUGCGGACCACGUCGUUGUUCUGGAUCGCGGUGUUGUCGUGGAAGAUGGUCCGUACCAUGUCCUGUCCCAUAAGGUGGGGGGCAAGCUGCAUGAGUUAAUCAACGAUCCCGAGGAAGGUGAAUCGUAG